AUGCGUGAAUGCAUCUCUAUCCAUCUGGGCCAAGCUGGGGCGCAGAUAGGCAAUUCCUGUUGGGAACUUUACUGUCUGGAGCACACGAUUCAGCCCGACGGCCUGCUCAUCUCUGAAGAAGCAGAUGGGGGUCCGAUUGACGAUUCCUUCAACACAUUCUUCAAUGAAAUCGGCGACGGCAAGUAUACACCUCGUUCAGUAUUUGUAGAUCUAGAGCCAAAUGUAAUUGAUCAAAUCCGUUCUGGAGAAUAUCGCAAGUUAUUUCACCCAGAACAGUUGAUUAGCGGAAAAGAAGAUGCUGCUAACAAUUAUGCUAGAGGACAUUACACGGUUGGCAAGGAAAUCCUGGAUAGCGUUAUUGAUCAAAUUCGCAAACUCACAGACAACUGCGAGGCCCUUCAAGGGUUUUUCGUUUUUCAUAGCUUUGGCGGCGGAACUGGGUCAGGCUUCACUUCUUUGUUAAUGGAAAGAUUAUCUGCAGAUUAUGGGAAGAAAUCGAAGCUUGAAUUCGCCGUUUACCCAGCACCACAGAUUUCCAACGCUGUGGUGGAGCCUUACAACUCCAUCCUCACCACCCACACAACUUUGGAGCACUCGGAUUGCGCAUUCAUGGUGGACAACGAAGCCAUCUAUGACAUAUGUCGCCGUAACCUGGGAAUCGAACGUCCAAGCUACAUGAACUUGAACAGAUUGAUCAGCCAGGUCGUAUCAUCCGUGACCACGUCACUGCGCUUCGAAGGAGCCAUGAAUGUUGAUCUGAACGAAUUUCAGACCAACCUGGUGCCCUACCCCCGCAUUCACUUCCCCCUGGCUACCUACGCCCCUGUCAUCUCCGCAGACAAGGCCUGUCACGAAAGAACUACCGUCGCAGACAUGACCAACGCCUGCUUCCAGCCAGCCAAUCAGAUGGUCAAAUGUGACCCGCGCUGUGGAAGAUAUAUGGCCUGCUGCAUGUUGUUCCGUGGAGAUGUUGUCCCUAAGGAUGUCAACUCAGCCAUCGCCUCCAUCAAAGCCAAGAGGAACAUUCAGUUUGUCGAUUGGUGCCCAACUGGGUUCAAGGUGGGAAUCAACUACCAGCCUCCAACAGCAGUGCCGGGAGGGGACCUAGCCAAGAUCAACAGGGCCGUGUGCAUGCUGAGCAACACAACGGCCAUUGGUGAAGCAUGGUCACGGCUGGAUCACAAGUUUGACCUUAUGUAUGCCAAGAGAGCUUUUGUUCACUGGUAUGUGGGUGAAGGUAUGGAGGAAGGCGAGUUUUCCGAAGCUCGUGAGGAUUUGGCAGCUUUAGAGAAGGACUAUGAAGAAGUAGGAAUGAACUCCACGGAAAGCGGAGAUGAAGAAGAACAGGAAGAGUACUAG